AUGGACCCGACUUCCGAAACAAUAGGUGUGGCUUCGUGCUCUUUGGUCACGUCCCCGUUCAUAUUGCUAACAGCAGCCGCAGCUUGGCCCUCCGCAGAUCCUGCGCUGGCGCAGGACCUCCUCGAUUUGUUGCAUGAUGCUAUGCUGAGUAGCUCCGCAAAAAAGGGCACGAAUGAAUCUAUUAAGGCUGUCAACCGCGGCGUCGCCAGUCUCGUCAUAUUGGCUGCGGAUACGGUGCCUCUGGCCAUCGUGAUGCCCCUGCCGCGGCUGUGUGAAGAUUGGAAUGUCCCGUAUGUCUUCGUGGAGAGUAAGGCUGCGCUCGGGCGAGCUUGUGGCCUCGAAUCCGGUGUUAUCGCGGCGACGAUCAACACGGAUGAUGCCAGUGAUCUAGCACCACGGGUUGCGCAGCUUAGGGAUCGUGUGGAGAGGCUUGCAAUCUAG